CAUUUUUUUUGGAACUUCAUCUAAACUUCAUAACGGCUUGCCUUAGGGUACUCGUCAAAGCCUCCCAGUAUUCACUAGCUCAGUCCACCACCUAUAUCGGCCGGCGGCGGCAAUUCCCGACGAACUUUUCUUAUCUACGACGUCGUAUUUUCUCUUCUAAACCCGAUAAUAUGGCUGAGUCGGAGAGUAAGUCACACGAGACAGUGAAAAAUUGCAAACCGGAGGCAGCAGCAUCAGAAGGAAAGCAAUUGACACCUGAAGAGCUGGAGAAGAAGAAGAAGAAAGAAGAAAAGGCUAGAGAGAAAGAGUUGAAAAAACUCAAGGCUGCACAAAAAGCGGAAGCAGCAAAACAGGCACAAGCCAGCUCCGCUGUGUCAAAGACUGCUAAGAAGAAGAGCUCAAAAAGGGAUGGUGGAGAGGAGAACACUGAGGAUUUUGUUGAUCCAGAAACACGUCUGGGGGAGAAGAAGAAACUCUCCCGAGAAAUGGCAAAAACUUUUAAUCCCAGUGCUGUAGAGAAAUCGUGGUAUGCGUGGUGGGAAAAGUCCAAUUUCUUUGUUGCAGACCCAAACAGCUCUAAACCACCUUUUGUGAUUGUCUUGCCCCCACCAAAUGUGACUGGUGCUCUCCAUAUAGGACAUGCACUCACUGCUGCCAUCGAGGAUACUAUUAUUCGUUGGCGGAGAAUGUCUGGAUACAAUACCUUGUGGGUCCCCGGGAUGGAUCAUGCUGGGAUCGCAACUCAGGUUGUUGUGGAGAAGAAGAUCAUGCGAGAAAGGAAUUUGACUAGACAUGAUAUUGGUCGGGAGAACUUUGUUGCUGAGGUCUGGAAUUGGAAGAAUGAGUAUGGGGGUACUAUACUACAGCAAUUACGUCGCCUGGGUGCGUCACUUGAUUGGUCUCGUGAGUGCUUUACCAUGGAUGAGAAAAGGUCCAAGGCUGUAACUGAAGCAUUUGUUAGGCUUUCCAAUGAAGGUCUUAUAUACCGGGCUCCACGUAUGGUGCAUUGGGAUUGUGUCUUGCGUACUGCAAUCUCUGAUAUUGAGGUUGAAUAUACAGACAUCAAAGAGAGGACACUUCUGAAUGUUCCUGGAUAUGAAGAGCCUGUGGAGUUCGGGUUGCUGACCUCAUUUGCUUACCCCUUAGAAGGCGAUCUUGGUGAAAUUGUUGUGGCGACCACCAGAAUUGAAACUAUGCUUGGUGAUACUGCAAUUGCUAUACAUCCUGAAGACAAAAGAUACAGUCACCUUCACGGGAAAUUUGCUAUUCAUCCAUUCAAUGGAAGAAAGCUUCCAAUAGUUUGUGAUGAUAUACUUGUAGAUAUGAACUUUGGGACUGGUGCUGUUAAGAUAACUCCAGCCCAUGAUCCAAAUGAUUUUGAGGUUGGACAGCGUCACAAACUAGAAUUCAUAAGUAUUUUUACUGAUGAUGGGAAUAUAAAUAGCAAUGCUGGUCCAGACUUUGAAGGAAUGCCUCGUUUCAAAGCUCGUGUCGCUGUGACAGAAGCUUUAAAAGAAAAGGGUCUCUACAGGGGUGCUAAGAAUAAUGAGAUGCGCCUUGGAGUUUGUUCAAGAAGCAAUGAUGUAGUGGAGCCUCUUAUAAAGCCUCAAUGGUUUGUCAACUGCAAAAUUAUGGCCAAGCAGGCUUUGGAUGCUGUUGUGGAUGAGGAUAAUCAGAAACUGGAGAUUAUCCCAAAGCAAUAUGCUGCUGAAUGGAAAAGAUGGCUUGAGAAUAUUCGUGAUUGGUGCAUCUCAAGGCAACUUUGGUGGGGUCAUCGUAUUCCUGCUUGGUAUGUCACACUGAGUGAUGAUAAGCAGAAGGAAUUUGGUGUGUCUGACGAUCACUGGAUUGUUGCUAGAAAUGAAGAAGAAGCUCGAGAUUUGGCUUCUAGGAAAUUUUUGGGGAAGAAGAUUGUUGAGAUCUCUCAAGAUCCAGAUGUGCUGGAUACCUGGUUUUCGGCUGGUCUUUUCCCAUUAUCUGUAUUGGGGUGGCCAGAUAAUACUGCAGAUUUUAAAACAUUUUAUCCAACUUCAGUUCUUGAAACCGGACAUGAUAUUCUCUUCUUCUGGGUUGCACGUAUGGUAAUGUUGGGAAUAAAGCUGGGAGGUGAUCUACCAUUUUCAAAGGUUUAUUUGCAUCCAAUGAUCCGCGAUGCUCAUGGGCGUAAGAUGUCGAAGUCGUUGGGAAAUGUUGUUGAUCCUCUUGAAGUGAUUAAUGGAAUCACACUUGAUGGUCUUCAUAAAAGAUUAAAGGAGGGUAACCUAGAUGCAAAAGAAUUUGAGAAGGCAAAAGAGGGACAGGCAAAGGACUUUCCUGAUGGUAUUCCUGAAUGUGGUGCAGAUGCUCUUCGAUUUGCCCUUGUCUCAUACACUGCUCAGUCCGAUAAGAUCAAUCUUGAUAUUCAGAGAGUUGUUGGGUAUCGUCAAUGGUGUAACAAACUGUGGAAUGCCAUUAGGUUUGCCAUGAGUAAAUUGGGUGAAGAUUACACCCCUCCAACAAAGAUAGUUCCUCGUGAAAUGCCUUUUGGCUGCCAGUGGAUACUCUCAGCACUUAACAAGGCCAUAGCAAGAACUGUCUCAUCCCUGGAAUCUUAUGAUUUCUCCGAUGCAGCAACAGCAGUAUAUUCUUUUUGGCAGUUUCAGUUGUGUGAUGUAUUUAUAGAAGUAAUCAAGCCAUACUUCACCGGUGAUAAUCCAGAAUUUGUAUCUGCAAGAAGAUCUGCUCAGGACACCUUGUGGCUUUGCUUAGAUAACGGAUUGAGAUUACUCCAUCCAUUUAUGCCUUUUGUCACCGAAGAAUUAUGGCAGCGCCUUCCUGCUAGCGGGGAUUCUAUAAAGAAAGAAUCUAUAGUGAUAAGUGAUUAUCCUUCAUAUGUAGAGAGCUGGAAUAAUGAUAAUGUGGAAGCUGAGAUGGAAAAGGUGUCAUCCAUUGUUAAAGGACUGAGGUCGAAGAGGGCAUUGUUGCCUCCAAAGGAGAGAUUUGCAAGGCGAGAAGCGUUUGUGCUUUGCCGGACAAAUGAUAUUGUGGAGAUCAUAAAAAGCCGCGAACUUGAGAUUUCUACUUUAACUACACUGUCAUCUUUGAAGGUCUCAACUGACACUGAUGCAGCUCCAACUCAAUGGCUGACAGAAGUGGUGGAUGAAUCUAUCACAGUUUUUCUGGAGGAUAAGGGGACUAUCGUUAACCCUGAGGCUGAAGUUGAAAGGCUCAAAAAGAAGAGAGAGGAGAUGAGGAAGCAAUAUGAAACCUUAACCAAAACCAUGAGUACCUCUGGCUACAAAGAGAAAGUUCGUGCUAAUGUCCAUGAAGAAAAUACACUGAAACUUGGUGCCCUCAAGCAAGAACUGGAAUCAUUCGAAGAAAAUAUCGAGCGUCUCAUACGUCAAAUGGAGGCACUAUAAUUGGAGUAAUUUCAUGUUGUUGUGCCUCGAUUGUUCAACACAUUUUGCCCCUAUAGCUUUUACAGGGAAAUUUGUUUUAAAAAAAUAAUAAUUCUGUUUUAUGUUAAAUUUUGCUGUUAUUAGUGUACCAUGUUGCAUUUUUAAUAUUAGUUUACCAUUCUUGAAACUUUUGAGAUGACAAGGUGAUUUCUGUAAUUUGUGAUAUGAAUAGGCUUAAUACUAGCCUCCUCAAUUCGCUAAUAUUUUGCCCUAGACCACAUAAAAA